UUGUAGUACUAUACCUUCACUACAUUUGAUAACAAUUCACAAUUUUUAAAUGUCAAGAAUACAAAAUCUGAAGCAACAGGUCAUAAGGAAUAUCCCAUUUAGGAAAUAACUGCUGGUAUGAAAUGGCCCUGAUAACAUCUUCUGCUCGAAUUUUCAGUAGUCAAUCCCUUUCAAGAUAUUUGUUGCAUCGAUGUGCUUCUAGUGCCAGCUCACCACUUACAUCUGGGGCUGAGGAGCACAAAGUUGUGGUAUCCAGCAAUGGCUCCACAAUCGUCUGCUGGCAUCCAGAACAGGAUUUUCCCUACGAAUGCUCAAAGCCUCUGCCGGCGGAGGAGAGCCUGGCGGACCAGACGGCGCUGCGGGCUCCCUUCACCGACGCGUUGGACGCCUCCCUGCAGGGGGUGCAGCGCUACAAACACAUGUUUGUGCGGCGCUCCGACAAACAGGUCCGCGAGGAGCUCAUGAAGCUGACGCACACCAACAAACACAUCUGGUUCCCACAUACUGGAGUCAAGUAUAGGAAGAAGAACCCUCCCAGAGAUCGCGAGUACAUGUGAAAUGUUGCUGUAUAAAAUCUGUUGCGUGUGAUCAUUACUUGCAGUGAUUAUAAUAGGGUGUAAUAUACACAAAAAUGUACGA